CUUUUUACGUAGGAAGUUAACCUUGUUAGUAAUUUAUUGUAAAUAGUAAUAUAUAUUUAUAUAUUAUUCUCUCCAAAUUCAUCAUUUCUAAAACAAUCAUCAUGGGAGAUGCAAGCGAAAAAUUUGAAAUGAACGAAGAAGAUGGACCAGUUGAUUCUCAGGAACCUCUGACGUUUCAAAACGAAAAGGAUGGAUACGGAAAAGAACGGGUUGGAAAGGACAGGAAGAAGGACAUACGGUCAUUCUGUUUGUCUGUUUUCAACCUAAUGAAUGCUAUUCUUGGAAGUGGCAUCCUUGGUUUGGCAGAAGCAAUGAAAAAUCUGGGAGUGCUACUCUUCUACGUCUUACUGAUCAUGACUGCGUGCCUGGCUGGCUACACAAUCAAUCUACUUCUCAUUGCAAGCAAGGCCGCGAAAGAAACUACCUACGAGGGUCUCGCGGUCAAGUCCUUUGGUUUUGCAGGCAAAGUGGCGACAAGCCUGAUGAUCGUUAUACAUUGCUUAGGAGCUAUGUGCAGUUACGUUUUCAUCAUCAAAGCCGAAAUGCCCGAGGUCGUGAAAGUAUUUUUCGAUGAUGCUAACUCGACGAUUUCUGCGCACGGUGAUGCUGAUGAGAAUCUUCCUUUCUACCGUUCCGGCGUAUUUCUAAUGAUGUGUGUUGUAUUGCUUGUAAUAGUUCCAUUAUCGUCGAUGAAAGAUAUAAGAUUUCUCGGAUAUUCGAGUGCAUUUGGCAUGGCUUGUAUGCUUUUAUUCACCAUGACGGUUGUCAUCAAGAAAUUCUCAAUUCCCUGUCCUCUGGAUCAAAAUAAUCACCAUGACAACCACACUGUUUACAACUCCAGUGAUUCUGAACUGGAGCCUCAAGUUUGCAAAGCUGAGUUGGGCAAAAUGAACAGCAAAAGUGCAUAUGCUGUUCCAACGAUGAUAUUUUCCUUCAUGUGCCACGCUUCGAUGCUUCCAAUAUAUCACGAACUUCGGCGACCAUCCCCAAGAAAGAUGAAAAAAGUGGCAGGAAUUUCUAUAUUUUUGGUACUCGUAUUGUAUAUGAUAUCCGCGUCUUUUGGAUACUUCACAUUUUACAACUAUGUACAAUCGGAGUUGUUGCUGACGUACAGUAAAUUUGAGCCCAAAGAUCCAUUGAUCAUUUUGUCGAGAGUGAUGGUCUUAACAUGUGUCACGCUAUCAGUACCUCUGCUCCAUUAUCCAUGCAGAAAAACCAUCAUUACAACGUUCAUGCGUAACCCACAGCAGUUCAACUGGCUUCGUCAUAUAUUGGUGAUGGUCGCUUGCUUAACAUUGACUGUUGUCAUGGUUGUCUUUAUACCAGAUAUCCGAGAUAUUUUUGGCAUUGCUGGCGCUACAUCUUCCGCCAGUCUACUUAUAUUAUUUCCAUGCGCAUUUUACUUGAAGUUGACGAAGCGACAGCCGAAAUACAAGAGAGUCACGGCGAUGGUACUCUUUGUUUUGGGAGCAAUAUUCAUGAUGUUCAGUGUAGUCAUGAUUGUCGUUGAUUGGAUAAAUCAUUGAGAGGAUUCACCAAUCAAAACAUGGAGACUGUAGGGUGUGGCGCGGCGCGGAUGGAAGAGGCCGGCUAUAUUGGGGUCUCAGAUGCGCGCCGUGCUGCCCAAAAAUAGAACUCUACCCCACAGAAGAUAUCAAAUUUGUGUUGUAUUUCUCGCUUGCGUGGAACAACAAUAGAAUUGUAUUGCAUAACGUGCGAUUGUUGUAAAUACUAUGUUCGGCUUCUUUGGGCAUAUUAGCGGCACCUUUUCUGCUUCUUGCUAUAAAACACCACGUGCUACACGCUACUCAUAUUGAAUUUCACGGAAGAUUCCCAGUAUCCUUUUACACACGCAGUUUGCUCACAUAAAAAGCUGACAAAUGACCAGCCACCUGCUUUGAACAAUUAUUUCCUGGACCAGUACGAAUUCUUAGUACAGUACAAUGUAUGCCCUUUUAUCGCGAAUCGUGAGUUCACCACGGCUUACAAAUGACAAAUACUGCAGCUUGUCAAUACUAUUCAACUAAAUCCAACCUUUGCCAAUUCUGUGGAGUUUUCACUCUUGAUACCAAACGUGAAAUAUUGCUUCAUUGGAAACGCAGAAAGAUUCAUACGGAUCAUAAAGCACUAAUGUUCAUCAGAAAUAUAUUUUUACAUAUCCAACAUAUCUUUAUUAUAUAAUAAGCUACCUUCAAUUUUCAUUCAACGCAAAAACUUUACUUUACUGCACAAAUCAGGCUGUUGAUCAUCUUUGACGCGCUAUUAAUUCAUUCUUCUAGCCUGGCAAUGCUUUUCUAGUCUGGGAAAAUUUUGUAAAUUUCUAUGUUGCGUGGUAAAUGCCGUCCGGUGCUUAUUAUUUAUUGUUUUUUCUAUUUAUUAUACUUUUAGACUAUAUGUUUUGGACAUCAAGAACGACAUUCUAUGUCUGUAUCUGAGAAUAUUUUUUGUUCUCAACUUCGUUCUCAAUAUCUUUUGUUCAACAACUUUGAUCACGAAAUCGGUUAUUGCCUUUAAAUAUACAGACACCAAAUAUACACAAGCAAUGUAAUUAAAAUUUCAAUAUUGCAAUGAUUUCUGCAUUGGGUAUAAAAUAUUAUUUUCUUAUUGUGCAUCUGCAAAAUA